AAGGCUACUCCCUGUGUAAGAGAGCCGCUGGGCUGGUGGUAACAAAAUAACAAAAGCGUCGAAGGUUGCAAGAGUAACGGGGCUUCUUGCAACCCCCCCUCACCCCACCCUCCUCGGCUUCGCUCCCCGUUUUGGGCCCUUAUGCACGGCGGAGAGUCCGUUUUGGGUCCCGAUUCGUGGGAAGCCCACCGGGCGGAAGCGAAGCGCAAAAAGGAUCCGGAGCUCGCUUGUUGUUGAUCUGGAGGGAGAGGACUGGAAACCGCCUCCUGUGUCCCAUUUCCUCGCGCCCGCGCGUGUGUUGUGUUGCGUGUGUGUGUGUGCGAGAGAGAGAUUGUGUGUGGGGUUGCCCCCCACCCCCACCCCGCACCUUUGCUUCAGCCCUGGAUUCUCCAUGUUGGACCCGAUCUGAGGAGCAUCUACAUCUCUGCCUUUGCAAAGAGCUGACUCCUCGGCUUUGCAACUGAAGGAGGAACGGGGCGGACUCCCUUCUCCAUCGCGCCCAUUCCUUCUCUUGCUUCCUCUCCCCCCCCCCGUCCCCACUCCUCCUCCUCCUCCUCGGAUAUUUCCCUCCUCCGGACUAAAGGAUCCCCAGGGUCUGUGGGAUUGUUAGAUGGAAAGCCGGUCUAUCAUCACCCAAGUGCAGAGGGACGAAGCCUUGGUCUUUUCAAAACAAGUGUUGGUGUCCAAAUCCUCUCCGAAGAAGCCUCGUGGCCGGAGCAUCUUCAAGGCUCUUUUCUGUUGCCUUCGUGCACAGAAUGUGGGACAGACGGCCUUUGGCAACAAUCAUGGGCUGCAUAAGGAGGAGACAAACACCAUUGCCAAG